AUGGUGCAGCAGAAGCAGCUGGGACGACGAGCGACCAAAAAAGGCGCCGGCGGCAACAAAAAGAAGAAACAGACGCUGAAAUAUUUUAUCGAGUGCAAAAAUCCGGUGGAAGAUGGUAUCAUGAACUCCCUCAGCGAAGACCCGACGUUAUUUUUCCAGGAGACGUUCCUCAACGCACAUAUCAAGGUGAAUGGCAAGGUUGGUAUGAUGGCGGUAAGUGGCGUGAAGUUGGAACUCAUCAAAACCAAACUUAUGCUCACAUCGGAGGCGCCGUUCUCAAAACGAUAUUUGAAGUAUCUGACAAAGAAAUAUCUGAAACGUAACACACUUCGGGAUUGGUUGCGUGUGGUAGCUUCUUCAAAGGAUACCUAUGAGUUGCGGUACUUCCAGAUCAACCAGGAUGAUGAGGAUGCAAGUGACAAUGACUCGUGA